AUGGAUCAUCUGCUAGCAUUGAUGGAGGACGAGCCUCUGGAAGACAACAGCAAAAGUUCCCACUCAAAGAUACCAGAACAUAUCGUCCGACAAGCCCGCAAUGUUUCCCUAGAACAAAAGACCACACCCGCGCUAGCAACUGACAUUCAGGAUGCCGUGCAUCUUGAACCGCAGCACCAAUUGUCUCUGAGUGUGGACGGUCGAGUUGGUAUUCGUAUGAUCAAGCGAAAGAUCUCGGGGUCGCAGUUGUUGGACAUUCUAACAGCACAUCCUUACCAAUCACCGGCAAGCUUGGCGGCCAUGAGUCUCGAGUAUUUGAAUCGUUUGCUGCUAGAGCCGGCCUCAAUAAUAGACCAAGCAACUGUUUGCGGGCGUACCAACGUGAUGACGGUCGGCAUCGUGUUUUCCAACUCGGGUACACGAGUUGCCUCUUCGGGAAAUGCUUAUUGUGUUGUUACUCUCGGAUCACUAAAUACGGGUCCAGCUGUUUCCGUAUUGUUGUUUGGUUCCGCUUACGGUAAGCACUGCCGUAGCUGUAUCCCUGGUAAAGUGGUGGCCUUGGUCAAUCCUCGCUUAAUUCCUGCUAAAGGUGCAGCCCAGGGAGACACCUCCAUUUCGUUUUCUGUCAACGAGGAACGUCAGCUUUUGGACGUCGCUGAUGCCCGUGACUACGGAACUUGCAAGGCUGCGGUCCGGGGGAAAAACGAUAACGGUCAUUGGGUUGCUGGUGGUAAAUUUUGCGGUCACUUCGUGGAUAAGCGCAUCAGUGAGUAUUGCAAUCCACACCGGAAACAGGCCAACGUCAAGACGGGCACAGCCAACCACACCUCCACAUCCGCCCUCCAAAACCUCCGAAAUCAAGCCGUCGCUUUCCCUAGAAUUCAGACUAGAGUGAUGAUACCACCUGGUGGUGUUAAACCCUUUCAGACACCAAAGCAACAAACGAAAUUGCGAUCCGCCCAAAUGAUGUCUGACUUUCUAGCUCAGUCUACCGCCCCUGGGGCGGGAUGCUUACUUCCUUUCCAGCAGCCAACACUAUCACGCAGCCAACCUGCUAUGAACAAAAAUACUAUUUUGAAUCCGAAACAGUCAGCUACUAAGUCAGUCGAAAUUCCAGGGAGAGGAUUGCUCAAUCCGUACGCCAAAGGAGCAUCUUCCACCGCAUCGUCGCACGCGAGGGGUGGGUUUUCUCCACCCAAUUCCGUACGUAUCCAGGACACCACCAUACGAAAACCGUUUACAGUCAACCGGGUUAGCCCGCCGGCUUCAACCUCGCACUCGGUCACAGAAGAUUGGUUACAAAAAGCUUCCAAGAAGCGCACUCCACUUGGCAACGCACAUAACCAAAAACGCCAGCGCAGAUUUGUCAAUACCGACACAAGAAACUUCAACGGGUCCGUACCAGUUCCUAAGCCCUCACAGAUGUUUCAGACUGCACGCAUAACCAAGCGAGUACCUAUGAUACAGACGAGCGAUGUCAAGGAAAAGGCAAGGGCGGCCCAGGUUCUGUCGCAACAACAGAUCUUGGCGUGUCGACUGCGGGAACAGGAUGGCGGAGGUAGCCAGAGUUCCGUUUUUAAAGCGUCUCGCCCAUUAUCAGGGGCCGAUUGCUCAGCUGUAAGACAGCAAGACCGAAGGGAGGAAUUUUAUGCGUUGCUUGAUGACAUCGACAUUCAAAAUGCUUCCGCCGCUACAAGCCAAUUCGCGGACGAGGUCAGUGCAGAAGAAUAUGCCAGAAGCCGGCGCGUCGUUACUGAACUCGAGGAACAAGAAGGAAAGAAACAGAGCAAGGUGGCCAAGUCGAAGACCCUCGGUGACAAGGAUAAGACAGCUAUUCGAAAAGAAUGGUACUGUCAGCAAUGCCGAAAAUCGUCCCCGUUCAAACCAGCUGGAUGUGUACGCCGAGGACACAGCGUUGCCACGAAGCGAGAGAUUGUUCAAGCCAAAUCUACAUCUGAACGACGCCUGGAUUUGGCUAGCAAGGAUGCCAAUGAUGGCGGCUUAACUCUAGGCAGUGGUAUUGAAUGGUCCGCAAAUAGAUGGAGUCGCUUCAACUAA